AUGUCCACAAUGGGAAACGAGGCCAGUUACCCGGCGGAGAUGUGCUCCCACUUUGACAAUGAUGAAAUUAAAAGGCUGGGCAGGAGGUUUAAGAAGUUGGACUUGGACAAAUCAGGGUCUCUGAGCGUGGAGGAGUUCAUGUCCCUGCCGGAGCUGCGCCACAACCCGUUGGUGCGGCGAGUGAUCGACGUCUUCGACACCGACGGUGAUGGAGAAGUGGACUUCAAGGAAUUCAUCCUGGGGACCUCCCAGUUCAGCGUCAAGGGCAACGAGGAGCAGAAGUUGAGGUUUGCGUUCAGCAUUUACGACAUGGAUAAAGAUGGCUACAUUUCCAACGGGGAGCUCUUCCAGGUGCUGAAGAUGAUGGUGGGCAACAACCUGACGGACUGGCAGCUCCAGCAGCUGGUCGACAAAACCAUCAUCAUCCUGGACAAGGAUGGCGAUGGGAAGAUAUCCUUUGAGGAAUUCAGUGCUGUGGUCAGAGACCUGGAGAUCCACAAGAAGCUGGUCCUCAUCGUGUGAGCCUUUUUCUUACAAGCACCACCCAACAACUUCUGCUUUCUUCCCUCUCUUUCAAGAUUUGCUCAAGACGUUCAACUGUCUCUCUGACUUA